ACACCACAAAAGGUCAAUUUCUCAGCGUGCCACACUCCCUUACACGCCUAAAUCAAAAUGCGCUGAGAUCCAUACGUCCAUUCAACAAUUGCACCUGCUAAGCCGCCAAUUUCCCCAGAGUUCGCAUUUGGUGGUCGCUCCCGCUCUUUUUUGCGAAGUGUGACUCGCUGCCAGACAGCCCACCAUGUCGACCAACGGCGUUCCAGCUGAGCCCACCAGGGUCAACAUCCUGGGAAAGGACUCGAUCAUCGUCGAUUACGGGCUAUGGCAGAGCUACAUUGCCCAGGACCUGCUCACAAAUAUUCCCUCGUCGACCUACGUCCUCAUCACCGACACCAACAUCGGACACCUCUACACAUCCACCUUUGAGCGCGCCUUCUCCGCCGCUGCGUCCUCGCUGUCCUCCCCCCCACGUCUCCUCACAUACGAAAUUGCCCCUGGCGAGACGUCCAAAUCGCGGAAUACAAAGGCUGCGGUGGAAGACUGGCUGCUGUCGAAAGGAUGCGUGCGCGACACCGUCAUAAUCGCCCUAGGCGGCGGGGUGAUUGGAGACAUGAUCGGCUAUGUCGCGGCGACGUAUAUGCGCGGAAUUAAGUUUGUGAAUGUACCUACCACCCUACUAGCCAUGGUAGAUUCGAGCAUUGGUGGCAAGACGGCCAUUGACGUGCCUGCGGGAAAGAACCUGGUCGGCGCCUUCUGGCAGCCAGAGAGAAUAUACGUCGACUUGCAGUUCUUGGAGACAUUGCCCAAAAGAGAAGUCAUCAACGGAAUGGCUGAGGUAGUCAAGACGGCCGCCAUCUGGAAUGAGGAGGAAUUCACAACGCUCGAGGGCAAUGCGGACACAAUACUGGCUGCAAUGGACCAGAAGGCAGUAAACGGGCGAAGAAACUUUGAUGGCAUCGCCAGCAUACUCAAAAGAAUAGUCCUAGGCUCCGUACGCGUCAAGGCAGGCGUCGUUUCGGCAGAUGAGCGCGAAGGUGGACUGCGCAAUCUGUUGAACUUCGGACACUCCAUCGGCCACGCCUAUGAAGCGAUCCUCACACCCCAGAUUCUCCACGGAGAGUGUGUUGCGAUCGGGAUGGUGAAGGAGGCAGAGCUUGCGCGAUACCUAGGUGUGCUAGACCCGUCUGCGGUUGCGCGACUGACCAAGUGCAUUGCGAGCUACGGACUACCAACUUCCCUGGCCGACAAGACUGUACGAAGGCGGACGGCGAAUAAGCACUGCCCAGUUGAUGAGCUCAUCAAGAUCAUGGCAGUCGAUAAGAAGAACGCAGGUGCAGUCAAGAAGGUUGUGCUGUUGUCAGGUAUUGGCAGGACAUACGAGAAGAAGGCUAGCUCAGUUGCAGAUCGUGAUAUCAAGAUCGCCUUGUCUCCGAGCAUAUCGGUCCAUCCUGGUGUUCCAUCAGACUUGACCGUCACCUGCACACCUCCCGGAUCCAAGAGUAUCUCGAACCGUGUUCUCGUACUCGCGGCCCUUGGAACCGGCCCGUGUCGCAUCACCAACUUGCUACACUCGGACGAUACUCAGGUAAUGUUAGAUGCCCUGGCAAAGAUGCAGGGCGCUAGCUUCUCUUGGGAGAACGAUGGCAAGGAGCUAGUAGUCACCGGCAACGGGGGCGAUCUGAAGGCUACAAGCAAUGAGCUUUACCUUGGGAACGCCGGAACAGCAGCACGCUUUCUGACUUCAGUUACUGCGCUUUGCCAGCCUGUAGGAGCAACCACAUCAACCACCGUCACCGGCAAUGCUCGCAUGAAGGAACGACCAAUUGGGCCGCUUGUCAAGUCCCUUCGCACCAUGGGCGUGGACAUCGAUUACCAAGAAAAGGAAGGCAGUCUGCCCCUGCGAAUUCAGGCCUGUGGAGGUUUCGGCUCCGAGAACUUUACCGGCGAGAUCGAGCUAACAGCGAACGUCUCGUCGCAAUACGUGUCUUCCAUCCUCUUGAGUGCUCCGUACUCCAAGAAGCCAGUCACGUUACGAUUGGUCGGUGGCAAGGUGAUCUCACAGCCUUACAUCGACAUGACAAUCGCCAUGAUGGCUUCUUUCGGCGUGCAGGUUGGAAGGUCAGAAAGUGAUCCAAACACUUAUCACAUUCCCAACAAGCCUUACACCAACCCAGCCGAGUACGAGGUGGAAAGCGAUGCAAGCUCAGCUACCUACCCUCUUGCCAUCGCUGCCAUCACAGGCACCACUUGCACAGUACCGAAUAUUGGGUUUGGCUCACUCCAGGGAGAUGCCCGCUUCGCUGUCGAGGUGCUGAAGCCCAUGGGUUGCAAGGUCGAGCAGUCAAAGACGUCUACGACUGUAACCGGCCCGCCGCGUGGAGAACUCCGAGCAGUGAAAGAGAUCGACAUGGAGCCGAUGACUGACGCUUUCCUCACUGCAUCGGUAUUGGCGGCUGUAGCAUCAUCAAACGGCUCCUCAACAACUACCCGCAUCUAUGGUAUUGCAAAUCAGCGUGUCAAAGAGUGCAACCGCAUACAGGCUAUGGAAGAUGAGCUCGCAAAAUUCGGAAUCACUUGUAGACAGUUCGACGACGGCAUUGAAGUCGACGGACGAGGAUACCAACUUGACACCCCCAAGGACGGCAUUCAUUGCUAUGAUGAUCAUCGUGUAGCAAUGAGCUUUGCUGUUCUUUCCUUGGUCGCCCCUGCGCCUGUCCUCAUUCUCGAGAAAGACUGCACUGGCAAGACGUGGCCCGGCUACUGGGACUCGUUGAACCAGAUCUUCAAAGCGCAGCUCGAUGGUGUGGAGCUGCCGACGCACUCGCAUGGUAGUAAAGUUGCUUCCAAAAAUCAACAAAAGUCUAUUUACAUCAUCGGUAUGCGAGGUGCUGGCAAAACCACUGCGGGUGGCUGGGCAGCACGGGCUCUAGGGCGGCCAUUGAUCGACCUAGACACUGCACUUGAGGAACAUGUUGGCAUGACAAUCCCUGAGCUCAUAAAGGCGAAAGGCUGGGAGGGCUUUAGAGAUGAGGAGCUCAAGCUGCUGCAAAGGACAGUCAAGGAGAAGCCAACCGGCCACGUCUUCGCUUGUGGUGGGGGGAUAGUUGAGAUACCAGAAGCUCGCAAGGUCUUGAUCGACUACCACAAAAAUGGCGGUCUUGUUCUACUCGUUUCCCGAGACAUCAACAAGGUCAUGGAGUUCCUUCAGAUUGACAAAACGCGUCCCGCUUAUGUGGAAGACAUGAUGGGCGUGUGGCUGCGAAGGAAACCCUGGUAUGUGGAGUGCAGUAAUUACCGCUUUCACAGUCAGGCUUCCGGGUCUGCCAGUAUGGCGAACACUCAAGAGGAGCUUACUCGCUUCUUGAAUACCAUCACCGGGAAGACUUCCCCGUUGAAGGAUAUCAAAAAGAAGAAGCAGUCUUUCUUCGUCUGCUUGUCCGCGCCACAGCUACAGCCUUGUGUCGCGACACUACCGGAGCUCGUAGUCGGAGCCGAUGCAGUCGAGCUUAGAGUCGACUUGCUCGAAGACCCGAACGCACCUGAGGGAAUGCCUUCGCCAGAAUUCGUAAUUGAGCAAUUGACAAUACUACGAACAGUGACCACAACCCCAGUCAUCUACACAAUACGGACAAAGGCCCAAGGCGGUAAAUUCCCCGACAGGGCAUACGAUGAGGCUCGAGUGCUCUACCGAACGGGCUUACGUCUGGGCUGCGAUUUUGUCGAUUUGGAGAUGACAAUGCCUGAAGAUAUCUUGCGUGAGAUCUCCGAGAGCCGUGGCCCCACAGAGAUCAUCGCUAGUCACCACGAUCCAAAUGGUGAGCUUAGCUGGCGCGAUGGCUCUUGGAUACAGUACUACAAUCGUGCGCUUCAAUAUGGCACUAUCAUCAAGCUCGUUGGUGUAGCCAAAUCUCUUCAUGACAACUUCGCGCUUGCGGACUUCAAGCGCUGGGCCGACAGUGCGCACCCUGUUCCACUGAUCGCCAUAAACAUGGGCGAACAUGGUAAGCUGAGUAGGAUCCUAAACGGCUUCUUGACACCCGUCUCCCACCCGCUUCUCCCCUCCGCUACUGCUCCUGGUCAGCUAUCCGCUGCGGAAAUCCGUCGUGGCUUGGCACUCAUGGGCGAGAUUCCCACUAAGAAGUUCUGUAUCUUUGGUUCGCCGGUCCAGCAAAGUCCCAGCCCGCGUCUACACAACAGACUAUUCCGCGAGAUCGGACUGCCGCACGUCUAUGGUUUACAUGAGACGACUGAUGCAAGCUCUAUCCGCGAGACCAUCCGUGCGCCAGACUUUGGUGGCGCGAGUGUCACAAUCCCGCUAAAGCAGGACGUCCGCCAGUAUCUUGAUACUGUGGGUCCUGAGGUCGAAGCCAUCGGCGCUAUCAACACCAUCGUCCCCGAGACUUUUGUCGACCAGUCUACUGGCAAGGAAGUUACACGCCUUGUUGGCCGCAAUACAGACUACCUCGGCAUGGUUCUCAUCCUUCGGAACGCUGGUGCGCAGGGUACCGGAUCCGGCCUUGUCAUUGGCGGCGGUGGUACGAGUCGAGCAGCCAUCUAUGCGCUGAAAGAGAUGGGAUACGGUCCCAUCUAUCUCCUUGGACGAAAUGCCGCAAAGAUCGAGGCUCUGAAGAACAACUUCCCCGCGGAAUACAACCUCCACGUGCUCACAUCGGCUGCACAAGUAGCAAGUCUCGAAUCUAUCCCCACGGUAGCUAUCGGCACUAUACCGGCCGACCAGCCUAUCGACCCGGCUAUUCGUGAAACUGUUAUUGAACUGUUCGAAAAGGCAAGGUCCCUGGCAGGCGGAGAGAGGAUAUUGCUCGAGAUGGCGUACAAGCCUCCUGUGACUGCGUUGAUUCAACUUGGACAGGAUGCGGGUUGGAAGACGGUGAAUGGGCUCGAGGUGCUUGUUGGACAGGGUGUGCAUCAGUUUGAGUACUGGACAGGGGUCAAGCCGCUCUACGCGGUUGCCAGGGAUGUUGUGCUGAACGAAUAGAAUUCACCUUGAUGCUCACAGUGUGGUUUCAGUGUUCUGGAACCAGGCUAUCUACUUUUUGAGACACAUGUCUUGUGUAGUGAUAGACAAAAAGAAUAUGUAUAGACAAUAUAUACUUGCAUUUAGUUCGACUGCCG